UUCUUUCAAACACUAUCUCUUGAGUCUUAAAGCACCAAAAACAUACUCACUAUCUCAUCCUUCUGAACUCAAAAACACAACAAAAUCGAACCAGAUUCACAUGGAGUCUCUAGUCCAUCUUCCCCGCUUACUAGUGGCAGCACUGGCAAUCGUUGCGGUCUUGAUUACACCAGCAUUCGGCCAAAUCAGCACGCCCUGCAGUGCUUCAAUGAUCGCUAGCUUCACACCCUGCAUGAACUUUGUGACCAAUAGCAGCUCCAGUGGCACUUCCCCAACCUCAGACUGCUGCAACGCCUUGAAAAACUUCACCAGCUCAGGCAUGGAAUGCUUGUGCCUCAUUAUUACCGGAAGCGUUCCUUUCCAAGUCCCCAUCAACCGUUCUGUCGCCAUAUCCCUCCCCCGGGCAUGUAACAUGGCCGGUGUCCCUGUCCAAUGCAAAGCAAGCGGUGGCCCGAUUCCUGCUCCAGCUCCAGGUUCGUUUGGCCCAGCUCUAUCUCCUGGUGCUUCACCAUCCGCUAGCCUUAGUCCUACAGGCUCUUCAGUUGGACCAUUUUCGCCGGCGCUGUCACCAGAAUCCGACACAACACCGUUGUUAACUCCUCCAACUACAACUGGUGGGUCUGAAGCUCCAACAGCAACUACUGGAAGCCGUUCUGUUCUGCCUCCAUCAGCUGCCACUCCUUCAUAUAGUGUCUCCUCCUCUGUUUUGUUAUUUGCCAUGGGAUGUCUAGUGAUGAAGUUGUACUAGAUUGUUACAAUCUUCAUCAUAUGUUGUCAAUUAUUUCCAUCUAUUGUAUUUGGAGAUUCUUUUGGGGUUUAGAUUAUUAUUUAUUGGGCUAUUUCACACCAUUGAGAGUCAUAUUGUUCAUGAAUAUACAACUACAUUGGUUGUAAUCAAAUUUUAGUUUCAUUUUGUAUGUGUGUUUUAUUAAUUUGUUUGGCUACUUUAGAUAGUUGAGUUAUAUUGGGUGAUUUUUGUAUAAAAUAAAUAUACAUUAUUUUUUUCAA